AACUUCAAAUGCAGUCCAAUCCGGGCCAAGCACCCAAAAGUGGGGGGGUGUCAAGUUUAUGGAGCUAGUUUUUCAAGAGUCGGCUGUACCAAUUCCGAGCCGGAACUGCAUUGUAUAUAAAAUCGCCGCUUUGAAUAAAUUUAGCACGCUGGGCGUACCUCAUUACUGCACUUUGCUUUCUUAUUUUCUCAUUGCGAAAUGUCGUCCAACUUCCCUCAAGGUUACUUCUACAUUAAGAGCCGCCAGAAUGGCUUUGUACUUGACGUGUUCGACGGUGGCAUGUCGAACGAUACUCAAAUUAUCGUGUAUCCCCAGAAAUAUAACGAUGCUUCUAACCAGCUCUGGUCAUAUGAUGAUGGCUUCCUCAACCAAAAAUGGGGUUACCAUGACGGCUUUAUUCAUGUACUUGCAGAUCCAAGACUGGUUCUCGAUAUUCGGGGCGGUAUUAGCAAAGAAGGAUCCCAAAUUAUCCUUUAUGAACGCAAGCAUCAGAACAAUGCCAAUCAGCAGUGGGUUGUAGAACCUUUUGGCAACGCUGGUGGACAAUACGCUCAUCUGUCGCAUGAAAUCAUCGCUGGUGCCGCUGCAUUUGAGGCCGUCCGUGCAUAUGCACGCCAUCAGCAAAAUGAAGGAAAGCCCAUUGCCCACCCGCACGCAAAGGAGGCUAUUGCCGCUAUUGCUAGUGCCGAGUUGCUUGAGCAGCAUAACUGGGGAGGUGACAAGGAGCAAGCAAAGAAGGCAGCUGAGCAGGCAGCUCAAAAUUACUACACUCGAGAAUAUGAAGGUUUUCCAAGCGUACAAUAGUUCCACAAUUGUUGCCAUAAAUACAAUGCAGUUUUUCCUAGGCAGAACAUGAUUGCGUUCGCAAAAUACAUUUAUGUUUUACACGCUUUCUGUAUCUUUUUCCUAUAUGCUAUGCC